AUGGCCCUUGUAGAAGAGCCCCCAGGAGCUCCCUCAGCCCUUCUGCCAUGGGACAACCACCGGCAGAAGACAAGACAGCAGUCCAUGGACCGGGAGUGGGAGGUAUCACCAGGCACCACAUCUGUGGGCACCUUGGUCUUCCAGCCUCCAGAGCUCCGAGAAACAGUUUAUAAACCAGUCUAUGAUUCUUCCAGUCUAAAGGGACAGAAAUGGCCACCGGACUCCUCUGCCGCCCCAUCCAACUCAUUCAGGACUUCGGGUGACUCUCGGAAGCUGCGACUUGGGGCAGAACCAUUCUCGGGAGGUGGAGAGGAGAGGAGAAGCCCUGCACUCGUAACCAGAGCCCAUGGAACCGGCUGGGAUGGCCACUCGACUCUUCGCCUUAUUCUGGUUUUUGCGCGCUGCCUCGCCACCAAGAGCUUCCCUUGUGCGCGACCCCCAGUCCCGGACCCACGGGUUGCUUCCGGCCGCCCACUCCCGCGCGUUGUACCGCUCGGCGGGCGCCCACUCCGGGCGCUGGUUAUCCAGGCCUGGCUGCCGCAGCGGGUUGAGGCGCUGCGUCCUAAGGGAUCGGGGCCCCGGCUACCCGCGGCCGGACAGGGGGCAGGAUCCGGAUCACCAUCCGUCUCGGGACGUCCAGCCCCAGCUCGCCUGACCUCCAAGGCUGGAUCAGGGGCCGAAACCCCACGCGCGUCCGCAUUCUCAGCCGCCCGGGGGAAUGCCCAGUACGUGCCCAGCAACUCGGACGCGCCACGGACCCGCUUCAUAUUCCAGGGACCCUUGGGUCCCCCCACUGGCCUGGGGACUGGAAAGGCGCCGGGCAUCUGGAAGACGCCGGCAGCCUACAUCGGGCGCUCCGCCUUUAUUCGGGAUCUGGAGGAAGCUGCACCCCCUGCUUUUGCAUCCCUGUGUCCUGACCGGCCCCCACGAGUCAAGAUCACCCAAGAAGCUGUCAGGUUGAUGUUGAAUCUGCUAGAGGACAGAGAGCGGGACCUAAAUACGGCGCCUCGCAUUGGCCAGUCCCUGGCGAAACAGAACCGUGCUCUGAUGGAGGAGAACAGCAAGCUGGAAGCCAUGCUGGGCUCAGCCAGGGAGGAGAGUUUACAUCUCAGACGCCAGCUGUGCUUGCGAGGUGAUUUCCUCCAGCUCUACUCCGACUCUGAUGAGGAGGAAGAGGAGGAUGAAGAGGAAGAAGAGGAGGAGGAGGAGGAAGAUGAGGCAGAGGCAGAGGAAGAAGAGGCAGAGCAGCAGCACCAUCAUCCCUAUGGAGCCCGUGGGUUUUGAGUGACUUCCGUGCAGGAGGUUGAGUCGCUGCACUACUGCCCCCAGCUGGAAACCCUGCAGGAGCAGCUGAGACGGCUGGAGGAGGAGAACCAGCCCUUGAGAGAGGAGACCUCUCAACUCGAUGCCCUUGAGGAGGAGGAGCAGGUGCUCAUCCUGGAUUUUGUGGAGCAGUUUUCUCAAGCCAGCGUGUGGAUGGCCGACCUGUCAGAGGAGCUGGCUCAUGACCAGCGGCGGAGGGAGGUCACCCAGCUGCGGACCCAGGUCCUGAUGCUGCGGUGCUGCUACCAGAUGUAUGGAGCCCAGAUGGAGAAGUUGCAGCGGCAGCUGGCUUUGGAGAAGGAAAUCCAGAUGAGGCUCCAGGAUGAGAACCUGCAGGUGGCUUUCCAGCCGCAGGACCUGCAGGGGAGGUACGCAGAGUGUGGGGGCAUGCAGACUGAAGCCCAGGAGGAGGUGAGGACCCUUGGCCGGUGAGCCCCCGUGUCCACUGGUCCUGUCACCCGCUACACAUACACUGUACCCCUGGAGGCCCUUCCUGGUUUCCAAGAGACCCUGGACAAGGAGCUCAGAAUAUCUAUAAGGAAGAUUAUCUCAGACUCUGUGUUUUUUAUGGAAAGGAGUCACGGGAUAAUCGCAGAGGAGACGUCACACCUGGGGUUCAAGCUGUGCGGCAGUGAGGCGCGAGAGCAGGAACGGGGGUUUGAGGCUGAGAAGAGGUUAAUGACAGCCGAGGAUUCUGUGCCUUCAGAGGAGCUGGGGGCCACAGAAGAGGGGGUGCCUGCUGUGGACGGGUUGACAGAAGAGGUGGAGCUGGUGUUGGAAGAGGCUGAAGCCUGGGAGGAGGUGGAGCUGGAGCUGGAUGACAGCAUGGUGACCUCGAUGCUAGAGGCCAGCGGCUUGGGCCCUUCUCACCUAAGCAUGAAGUAUGUCCUCCAGCAGGUGGCUGACUGGUGGGACUCGGGGUACGGGUGGCAACUGAGACAGAAGAUGUUCCAGAAAGGCUUUGCUGUGUCCCAGCAGCCUGCAGAGGCUUCACAGACAGCCUGAGGCCCAUCCUUCAGCAGCUGUCUGGCCAAGUCCCACCUGCCCCAGAAACAACCUUCCCACCCUCCCAAAUGGGACCCUCCUGUGUCAGCGGCGCACCUUCUGUCCUGA